GACCACAAAACAGCUCGCAGAAAGAGACACACUCGGACGGCACAAAAAGAAAAAAUGUCUGACAGAAUCGUGGACGAGGAUCCAGUGACAGUAACUCACACAGGACCCAAGGGUGUCAUCAAUGACUGGCGUAAGUUUAAACUGGAGAGCAUGGACCAGGAGGCUCUGCCACCCAACAAGAGGGAGCUGCUGAGACAGAUGUCGUCCCCACAGAAACCCAAAGACUCCUGUGUGGGUGGACUGAAUCGAAAGAUGAGCGCUCAGGAAUAUGAGCUGAUAAAGGAAGAAGACGAGAAAAGCCUGCGCAAGUACCGCAAGCAGUGCAUGCAGGAGAUGCACGAGCGCUUGAGCUUCGGGCCCAAAUUCGAGGGCGUUUAUGACCUUGACAGUGGCGAGGCCUUUCUGGAGGUCAUUGAGAAGGAGCACCGGCUCACAGUGGUGGUGGUGCACAUCUACAAAGAUGGAGUGCCGGGCUGCGAGGCUCUUAACAGUUCAUUAGAUUGCUUGGCCACCGAAUAUGCCAGCGUUAAAUUCUGCCGUAUCUGUGCAUGCGAUACUGGAGCUGGCGAUCGUUUCUGCGAUGAUGUGCUGCCCGCCUUGUUAGUGUACAAGGCUGGAGAGCUGUUGGGGAACUUCCUGGCUGUCACGCAGCAUUUCAGUGAGGAGUUUUUUGCUACUGAUGUCGAGGCCUUCCUCAAUGCGUAUGGACUGCUGCCAGAGAAGGAGUGUGGCCCUGGAGCUGAGGAGGACGAAGCUGAUGUGGAGUGA